GAGUACGACGGCCGUGCAAAGACUUGGGGGCGCAUUCAUCUCAACAUGGUCGACUACGCGCAAGCACUGAAGAAUAUCGACAUGCCGACGCAGCGCCGCAAGGACAUCGAGCCAACGGUUACGCCAAACGAGGCCACCCAACUUCGAGCAGUCCUAGGACAACUUAUGUGGUUGGCGACUCAAGGAGUACCUCUGAUUUGCGCAGAGCUGCCCUCGCUGCUGGCGCACACGAACACGGCCACCAUCAACGCGCUCUUGCAGGCCAACAAGCUGAUCCAGAGAGCGAAGAUAGAGGCCCAGAAGAAGCUGAUCAUGGAGAAGCAUCUCAACCCUUGCACCGUUGGGCAUUCGGAUGCCGCCUGGGAUGUUCGACGAGAUGGUCCGUCACAGGGGGGCUUCCUGAUCUUCGUGACGGACUACAGCCUGAUGCAGAAUAAAGAAGCGCCGAUUUCACUGAUAGCGUGGGCGCCAGCCAAGUUACCUCGAGCGUGCCGGAGUUCGAGUGCGGCAGAAGUACAAGCAGCAAGCGAGGCGCAGGAGGAGCUGGAAUUCUGCAGACUGGCACUGGGCGAACUGCUACUGGGAGCGACACCUCUGCAGCAGUGGGCGACCGGAUGUGCGAAGAUUCCAGGAGCUCUAGUAGUGGACUGCCGCGGCGUGUUCGAUGCGUUGGACAAGUCGGAGAGCAGCGCGCUAGGCAUGAAGGACAAGAGGAGUGCACCGGAGGCCCUGGCUCUGGAAAGAGGCAUGGCGGCGACAACAACUUCGUUGAGGUGGUGUCACAGCGGCGCGCAGCUAUGCGAUUGCAUGACGAAGAACUCCGAGAAG